AUGUCGGCAUUAGAGUUAUGUUUAGAAAAGAAAGACUAUGUAGUUUCUCGCGCGAGACUGAGAUUAUCCAACGAUUAUUCCGUUAGUUCUGAGGGGAAGGUCUGCUGUAAAUGCGAUGUUCCAAAUAUGGCAACCCACUUCAGCGGCUCACUUGCAGUCCAGAAUGUACUUUUCUCAAUAAUUUACGGGUUGAUUCAGUCCCAAAUUAUAUAUUUUGGAAGCUAUUCAAAUGGGCUAUUCAUCGAUGUAAAGUGGGCUAUCCAUUGGUGUAAAUCUCAAAUUAUAUACAUUCUGGAAGCUAUUCAACGGCUAAACCAUGGGAAACAGUCUUGA